GUGGGAUUCGCCAUAGGAGGCCAGGAAGGAAUUGAUUAUGGCUGGUAGUCGGGGAAGAAAGGAAGGGGUUAUUCGGCGAUUUAAUUUAGAAUAGAGCUCGUCGGCCAUAGGCGAGAAAUUUUUCAUCGGUUUUUUGUUGUUUGCAACAUUAGAAAACUAGCUCGGCAUAAAAUAAGUUCGCUUUAAUUCGUAAAUCGAAUGAGAGUUUCCCAAAUCGUUCAACAAGUCGCGUUUAUUUCGCACUAACUCCCCCCAACUAUAAAAUUAUCUAUCCGAAUUAAGGACGAUUAAAAGCGCUUCCUCAAUUCGUGCCGGUACAAACGGAAAAAUGAGUGCUCCCGUGAAAAAAGUACCGAUCCAUUUGCAAAGCUCCCAGAACCGCCUUCUCAUCAAAAACGGCAAGGUGGUGAACGAGGACGACGCCAGCGACGCCGACGUCUACGUCGAGGACGGCGUCAUCAAGCAAAUGGGCAAGAACCUGAUCAUACCGGGCGGCACCCGUACCAUCGACGCCCGCGGCAAGUACGUCCUGCCCGGCGGCAUCGAUCCCCACACCCACCUGGACUUCCAGUUCUUCGGCACCCGCACCGCCGACACCUUCUACAGCGGCACCAAAGCCGCCAUCGCCGGCGGCACCACCACCAUCAUUGACUUUGUGUUCCCGGAGAAGGGCGAAUCGUUGUUGGACACCUACUACGAUUACAGACAGAAGGCGGAGGGGGCCUGUUGCGAUUACGGUUUCCACGUGUGCGUCACCCAUUGGUCCGAUCGCGUGAAACAAGAAAUGGAACUCCUCACCAAAGAGCACGGCGUCAAUUCGUUCAAGAUGUUCAUGGCGUACGAUUUCAUGUUGGACGAUUCCGAGCUGUAUUGCGCCUUCGAACAGUGCAAACAACUGGGCGCUUUGGCCCAAGUGCACGCCGAAAACGGCCCCGUGCUCACCGAGAACGCCCGAAGGCUGCUCGCCAAAGGGGUGACGGGCCCCGAGGGGCACGAGCUGUCGCGCCCCGAAGAGGUGGAAGCCGAGGCGGUCAAUCGCGCCUGCGUCAUCGCCAAGCAAGUGGACUGUCCGCUGUAUGUAGUGCAUGUAAUGAGCAAAUCGGCGGCGGAGGCGUUGCGGCGGCACGCCGGAGGCGGUCGCAGGACGUUCGGUGAGACGUUGGCGGCCGCUUUGGGGGCGGACGGGUCGCAGUACAAACACCAAUGUUUCCAUCACGCCGCCGGGCACGUGCUGAGCCCCCCGCUGAGGCCCGAUACCGGCACGCCCGUCGCUCUGAUGCAUCAUUUGGCCGACGACGGAUUGACGGCCUUCGGCGAAGCCGUUACCUCUUCUCUAACGCAAUCGGGAGACGGUUUAGUCGAUUUGUUGGCCUCCGACGUCCUACAACUGACAGCCAGCGACCAUUGCACGUUCAACAAGUCCCAAAAAGAGGCGGGCAAAGGGGACUUUACGAAGAUACCGAACGGCGUCAACGGCGUGGAGGAUCGCAUGUCGGUGGUGUGGGAGAAGGGCGUCCACGCCGGCAUUUUGACCCCGUCGCGAUUCGUCGCCGUCACCAGCACCAACGCCGCCAAAUUGUUCAAUUUGUACCCGAGAAAGGGCUGCAUAGCCGUCGGAUCGGACGCCGACAUCGUCGUGUGGAAUCCGAACGCUACUCGCACCAUUUCGGCCGCCACCCAUCAUCAGGCCGGAAUGACAUGUCACGGAGUACCGGAUUACGUGAUCGUGAACGGUCGCGUGUGCUUGGACGAGGGCCAACUGAGAGUGGUGGAGGGUUACGGGCGAUUCGUCGAGACGCCCGCCUACGCGCCGUUCGUGUACAAUCCGGACGAAUUGGAGAGUUUGAAACCGGCGAAGGUCGAGCACGUCGAACACGCCGACGUGUUCCAGAAGAUGCAAAAGGUUAAAUUGGCGGAUGAUCCUUGUCCGACGCCGACGUUGCCGGAGUCUCACGUGGCUGCGGCGACGGGUCGAGGCCACAGGCCGGAGGGGCAGCGCAACAUCCAAGAGAGCACGUUCUAAGAGCUCGAUCCGGAUACGAAGUCUUCGAUAAGGGUGACCCAUCCGCCGGGAGGGAGGUCUUCGGGUUUUUGGUAAGUCGAAAUGGGGGCAUUUGCGAGGGGUUUAUCAUUGUGCUGCUUACACUACGUAUUUUUGUCGAAUACCAAAGUUGUUUUUUUUUUAAUCUUAGAUAUUGUUUAAAUGUUGUUUUUUUUUCUAUUGCGUAACUGAAAUGUUUUGGGUUGUUAGUUAUUUGGAAAGGCUCAAAAACUGAUAAAGUUAUUAAUUAUUAAUUCGAGUAUUUGUUGUUAUAAAUACGCUGAUUUGAUAGGUGUUUUUAAAGAAAAAAUUCGUACUGAAUGUUUUUUUUUAUUGAUAAUUUACGGUGAAUGUACAAAUUAAUAGGCUUUAUUGUUAUAUUUGUAACGUACAAGUGGGUAUUUAUUAUCCAGACAAUUUUAUUGUUUUAGAUAUUUAGUAUAGUACGUAUUUGGUACUUUGGUAUGUCUGCUAAUUAAAUUCGAAAUAAUUAAAAUAAAAAAAAAAUAACACAUU